UUCCGCCAUUGCCUGCUGGGAUCCAACGAGACCGAGUGAGAGCGACAGGCAGCCAGCGGAAGCACGCUUGCUUUUGACUCGUCUUCAUUCUGGCUUCCCAAACAGCGACAAAUAACUUGGGCAGCCGCCUCAAGUUUUUACUUUUUCUUCUUCUUUUUUAAAUUUGCAUAUACAUUAUACACACACACACACAAAUACUGCUGUGCUUCACUGUGAUACAACCCGACCGAGAAGAGCCUGCGGGAGGCAGAUUGCCGUUUGAUGGAUCCGAGAAUCGCCUGGUUUCAGCCGGAACAGCUCGGACCUGCUAAUAUCCUGUGGAUGCAAAUUUGGGAAACUACGCAAGGGCUAAGGAAUCUGUACUUUGACAACAACUACACUGCGAGUACGAGCGGCACCAACGCGAACAAUACCAAGACCAGUACUGCUGGUACCUCGGCAACAGCCAGCUCCAGCAAUACGAGCACCCACACUGCCGAGGGCAUGGCGAGCUUGGGGGCCGGCGGGGAGUUCGGGGUACAGGGCGACUUUUUACCCUUGGAGACCAAUAACAACCAGAACAACCACCCGGCAGACAGGGGCGGCGGCGCUGCAUGGAGCCUCCAAAACAAGAGGAAAAGGGACAACAAGGCGAGCACGUUCGGGUUCAACACCAGGCUGCUGCACCGCGGGCCCGGCACCGAGGGGAGUGGCGGGGGCCACUCCGGGACCCUCUGGAAAACGAGGAACUAUUCCGAAGGGGUGCUCGGGUUGCAUGAAGAGAUAUUCGACUUCUAUGAGUACAUGUCUCCCCGGCCCGAGGAAGAGAGGAUGCGCAAGGAGGUGGUGCAGAGGAUAAAAGACGUCAUCAGAGAACUGUGGCCUAACGCUGAUGUUCAUAUAUUUGGAAGCUUUAGCACUGGACUGUAUUUACCCACAAGUGAUAUUGAUCUCGUUGUGUUUGGGAAAUGGGACAGCCUUCCCCUGUGGACCCUGGAAAGAGCUCUCCGGAAGCACAACAUCGCGGAUGAGAACUCGGUCAAAGUGCUGGACAAAGCGACGGUACCCAUCAUUAAACUGACCGAUUCAUACACUGAGGUGAAGGUUGACAUCAGCUUCAACGUACAGAAUGGAGUGAAAGCAGCUCAGCUCAUCAAAGAGUUUAAAGAGAAAUACCCUGUACUUCCAUACCUGGUGCUCGUGCUGAAACAGUUCCUGCUGCAGAGAGAUCUGAAUGAAGUAUUCACAGGAGGGAUCGGCUCCUAUAGCCUCUUCUUAAUGGUUGUCAGCUUCCUUCAGUUGCAUUACAGGGAAGACGCCAGCAGCCCCAAUGCCAACGUUGGAGUUCUCUUGAUAGAAUUCUUCGAACUCUACGGGCGUCAUUUCAACUACCUGAAGACGGGCAUCCGGAUAAAGGACGGUGGCUCCUAUGUGGCUAAAGAGGAAGUGCAGAAGAGCAUGGUGGAUGGGUACAGACCGUCGAUGCUGUACAUCGAGGACCCCCUGCAGCCAGCAAAUGAUGUUGGAAGGAGCUCCUACGGUGCCAUGCAAGUGAAGCAAGCCUUUGAUUAUGCCUACAUUGUACUGAGCCACGCUGUUAGCCCAAUCGCCAAGUACUAUCCUAACAAUGAGUCAGAAAGCAUUCUGGGACGCAUCCUGCGAGUGACCCAAGAAGUGUCUGACUACAGAGACUGGAUUUCAAAGAAGUGGGGAUCGCAGAGCAGAAGAGAGUCUCCAUUCAAUGGCAAUGAUGUGACAUUGUUAGUAGAGCCACAGCAGCUGGACAAAUGCAACAACAAUGUCUUUGAAGAAAAGGCUGUGAUCCUGGGGCAGCUGCGGAGUGAGCACUCCUCGAACUCCUCCUCCUCGAUAUCCAGCUCCAGUGAUGCAUGCGGAUCCCUGAGGUCUCUGAUAUCUGUAACUUCGCAGGACUCUGAUGGGACUCCAUGUAAAACCCUGAAGCACCGGCAAGCUGACCCCAACCAAGAAACAGCAACAGGGUCUGCACAGCUCCGCGGGAAAACACAGAGCCAUUCCUCCAGCAACAGCAACCAGGCACAGAGCCAUUCCUCCAGCAACAGCAACCAGGCACAGAGCCAUUCCUCCAGCAACAGCAGCCAGGCACAGAUCCAUUCCUCCAGCAACAAGACACAGCACGAAAGGAGACAGUUUCGCUCUUCUCGUAAUGGCUCUCCAGAUCAGCAGCGCCCCAGCCACUCCCCCGCGCCGCUCAGCAGCAAACCACACCCCCCGAGCAGCCACAGCAAGAGGAGGAAACUCCGGAAGGACGGCGUGCCAGAGAAGCUCUGCAGAUAGGGAAGGAGCUGUGCCUCAUGAGACUCUUCCAACCUGCCCCCUCUCUGCGGCAUGGCAUUGCUGUGGCUUCUCUGUGGGGGAUAUACAGCACUAAAACUUUUUUUGUAGCUCCAAAAGAAACCAGCUUUGCACAGAAACAAUGAAGGAUCUUUGCUGCCACUGCUUGUUUGAUGACACAUUCAUAGAUGAAGUGGAGCCACUGUUGAAGCUGCA